AUGACAAGUAGAGAUGAGCGCGGUGCAUUAUCCCAAUUUGAGGUGCACUUCUCCAAGAAGUCGGAGGUGGGAGCUGUGCGCGCGGGGAGAGGCGCGUGAGAUAAUGGGCAGACUUCAGUUGGAGAAGUCUGCUGCGAGACUGAGGCGACACGAGCAAGUUAAGAAGAACCACAGAGGAGUUUUGCGCAAAUAAAGCGGGAUUCUGCUGCGCUGCGCGGACACGAUUUGGAGGAGUCCAGAGGGCGUUCAGAUUCAUGCCUGGAAGAAGGGCUGUAAGGAAAUGUGCUGUUAUCGGAGCUUUGCAUUUUAAACCCCGUGAAUAGAGGAAAACGAGGAGGGUGCACCAGAAUCUGUAGAGGCUUUGAUCGUAUCAGCUCUGCUUUGUCUAGGAAGGAGCUCCCAGCACACUCUCACUCUCAGUUUUGGCAUCAGCUGCAGAAUUGGGGAGCCAGCCAAGCCAGGCUGUCAGUGUGCAUUGGAGCUGCAGGGAGUGUGGGAAGUUGCUGCAAGUGCAGAGAGGGAGAACUGCAAGGGAAGACAUCCCAGCUUUACUGCACAGGCUGGCUCGGAGAUUUGAAGGAAGUUGGCGUGAUGUUGCUGUUGACCCGGCUUGCAGUUCUCCUGGUUACCGGGCUUGCAUCGCUGAGCUGUAGUUCUGAUGCCAACAUGUUGGAGACCAUGCUCCUGAAGAGCGGAUGGAAGGAUGGAUCAGAGCGAAGGGCGGAGGAGAGCAGCACAGCCACCGCCUCGGUUCAGAACACGCUGCGGUGCCACUGCUACCCGCAGUGCCCCGAAGGCUCUGUCAACAACACUUGCAUGACUAACGGCUUCUGCUUCACCAUGGUUACGGAGGAGGAGGUGGGUCAAGUCGUGCUGACAGCAGGUUGUUUAUCGCUGGCCGGCUCCGAGUUCCAGUGCAGAGAUUCAUGGAGUGCGCGCUUGUGGAGAAAGCUGGAAUGCUGCACGAAUCAGGACUACUGCAACCGAGACCUCCACCCAACGCUCCCCCCGCUUGUGACAUCAGAGUUCAUGAACAGCAGUAUCCAGUACAUUGCGCUCUUCACUUCCGUUACACUCUGCAGCAUCCUCUUAGUCAUUAUUGCCUUGUGCUACUUCAGAUAUAAGCGUCAGGCAUCACAACCACGCUACAGUGCAGAUCUUGACCAGGAUGAGAUUUACAUCCCGCCAGGAGAUUCUCUGAAGGACCUGAUGGAGCAUACCCGCAGCAUUGGGUCAGGAUCUGGGUCAGGACUCCCUCUGCUGGUUCAGCGCACCAUUGCCAGGCAGAUUCAGAUGGUUAAACAGAUCGGGAAAGGGCGAUAUGGAGAAGUCUGGAUGGGAAAAUGGAGGGAAGAGAAAGUAGCUGUGAAAGUCUUCUUCACCACUGAGGAGGAAAGCUGGUUCAGAGAGACAGAGAUCUAUCAAACCUUCCUGAUGAGGCAUGACAACAUACUGGGGUUCAUAGCAGCCGAUAUUAAAGGAACAGGCUCGUGGACUCAGCUGUACCUCAUUACAGACUACCAUGAGAAUGGAUCCUUGUAUGACUACCUUAAGUCUAACACCUUAGAUGUCAUGGCUUUGCUCAAGCUGGCCUUCUCCUCUAUCUCAGGCCUCUGUCACUUACACACAGAGAUCUACGGCACUCAGGGCAAGCCUGCCAUCGCACACCGAGACCUGAAGAGCAAAAACAUUCUGGUCAAGAAGAACGGCUCCUGCUGCAUCGCAGACUUGGGGCUCGCUGUUAAGUACAAAAGUGACACAGAUGAGGUCGACAUCCCUCUUAACUUGAGAGUGGGAACAAAGCGCUACAUGCCACCUGAAGUGUUAGACGAGACCUUGAACAGGACUACGUUCCAGUCUUUUAUAAUGGCUGACAUGUACAGCUUUGGUCUUAUCCUUUGGGAGAUGGCCCGGCGUUGCAUCUCUGGGGGCAUUGUGGAGGAUUAUCAGCUGCCCUAUUAUGACCUCGUGCCCACCGACCCGUCCUAUGAGGACAUGAGAGAAGUUGUUUGCAUAAAGAAGCAGAGACCUUUAUUUGUUAAUCAUUGGAGCAAUGAGUGUCUAAGACAGAUGGGGAAGCUGAUGUCAGAGUGUUGGGCUCACAACCCAGCCUGUCGCCUAACAGCCUUGCGGGUGAGGAAGACUGUGGCGAAGAUGUUAGAAUCCCAAGACAUCAAACUGUGACGGAGUCAGAAGAGGCGCUUUCAUCACUCGUAGACUUGUCAUUGCCACUGGCACAGACCACUUAUACUGGCCAGCAGAAGAAAGGGAACAACGAGAGACUGAAGGAUGGAAUAAAGGAGACUGACAGGUGGGAUAACCGGUCACCUUGGAGCCAGGAACAAUCAGAAGCAGGAGAUUUUGAUGUGUCACAGAAGAUGAGCUCUUUCAUUGUUUGAAGAACGCUCUGCUUCAGACCAACAGUUUAAGUUGUGCUUUCCGUGAAAGCUGCAGAUCCAGACUGUCCAGAUGGACGAAUAUUUAAAGAACCGCUGCAGGUGAGUACUAAAAACCCUCUGAUCAGGUGGGACAGAGGGAGUUCUCACACUGCUUUAAAAGCCAUAUUGUGAGCAUUUGUUUUCUGGGAGACAUUUUAUUCUUUUUUUGGGGGGACUUCAUGCAUGGAAAGUUAAACCCCCACAGAGGACCACCUGAAGAAGUUCAGUUCAAGCUCUCUGACCUCUAAGUUUUAUUAUUUUGCAGGAGGAAAAAAAAGUAUGGUUUACAUAACUUUUAUAUAAAAAAGAAUUUCUAAAAAUGGUAUUGUUUUAAUAUUAAAAAUAUUUUUUUCAGUAAACUUUAAAAGCUGAAAACUUGUUUGACUUUACUCCAACUGAGUUUGACAUCAUUUUAAUGAACGUCUGGAAUGAUGUGUCCUGAAUAAUGCUCCCCGAUUAAAACUGUUUGGAGGA